AGCGCUGCCGCGGCCGAAAAACGCUGCUUCCCGUGCGGCGGAGGCUCUCCGGUGGUGCAUUGAGCAGUGGUCGUACGCGAGAGCGCUGGAGACAGCUCGCCCAAUUCUUCGGCACCGCUGUUUUGCCAGUCUUGAGCUGCCAGUGUUGUGCCAGACCACACAAAUCCAUUGCGCAAUCGUCAAAGAAAAUGACGAAAUGCUGCGACGACAAGAAUAAUGACAUCGAAUCGGUCAACGCCUGGCUGCGCAAGGACGCGCCCGACGAGUCGUCUCGGCCCGACGUGCCGAUAGACACGAAUCUCCCGGAUCCCGCGCUGCUGCCGGAAGCUCCACCUUUAUACAGACGGCUGCCGCGGCUCUGCGCCUGGAUUUUCAGGGAACCGCUGGCGGCCCUGGUCCACGCCGUCGCGUGGGCGUGCUGCCUCGUCGCGCUCUUCGCGUUGCUGCGGCCGAUGGUCGCGAAGAGCUGCGCGUUCGGCUACGCGGUGCGGAUCGUCCUGAGUUUCCUCACAAUCCGAUUGCUAGGGACGCUCUUCGCGCGCUACCUGCUCUACCAGUUCGCGCUCGUCUACGCGUUCCAUCGCGAGACGACGCUGCGCGACCUGACUGUGGCGCGGCUCCAGUUCCGGAGUAACCGGGGCUCGGCGCUGUUUGGUAUUGUUGUGGCCGUCCUCGGAUUGUUCCUCCUGCGGGGCAUCGCCGCCGACGGCACGGACGCGCUCUGCGGCGCGCCGGCGGAAACACCAUUUAGCGGCGCGGCAACAGGCCUUGACAUGGUCCUGUACGCGCUCGUACUCGCCUUGCCGGCGUCGUACUGGGUCCUCUACUCGUACGGCGCGGACCCCGUCGAGGAGCAAGACAUCGCCACGAAGCGGCGCCUCCACCAGUGUUCGCACCAGCACGCGCGGGGCUGACAUUAGGGGUGGAUCCGCCACGGAAAACUUGACGCCAUGACGCCCCUGCACGGGGCCGACCGUCAUAAUUUCAAUU